AUGGUGGAGCUACCUUCCUCUAUUGGAAAACUGGUCAACAUCGACUUGGAAUGUAUCGGAGAACUCGAUCUCUCAGAUUGCUCUUGGUGGGAAAUUUAUCGUGAGAGUUCCACAGACAUUCAAGAAUUUGAUCCAUGGAUCGAGAGCAUAUCUGGUUUAGGUCAACUUGUACUAAACGGAAUGAAGAAGCUUGUAUCACUCCCGCCACUUCCCGAUUCGCUAUGGCUACUAGAUGCAAAAAAUUGUGAGUCACUGGAGAGACUAGAUUGCUCCUUUCGAAAUCAACGUUUCCGUAAUCUGCACUUCACUAACUGCUUCAAACUAAAUCAAGAAGCGAGAGAUCUCAUCAGCCUGACACGGACGAAUGAUUAUGCAGUCUUUCCCGCUGAAGAAGUGCCUCAGUGCUUCACUUACCGAUCAUCUGGGAGUUCCGUAACUGUGAACAUCACGUCCGGAGGGAAUGCUCUCACUGCUGGUUAUAAAAGAUUACAAGGAGUUUAUCCGGGGCAUCUGUAUACAUUUGAGGUUGAGGUUGAAACAGAGGAGGUCACUUCCGCCGAGCUUGUUUUUGAUUUCGAGCUCCAGUACAAUAUACUUUCAGAAAGGUCAGAAGCAUGGGAGAUAAAAGAAUGCGGGAUGGUUCAACUCUUGGAGGUCUCUUCAUGCUGA